AUGGCUGUGGACUCAACAAUUUCAUCUCCAUUAGGUCCACCUGCGUGUGAGAAAGACGCAAAGGCACUUCGAUUCAUCGAAGAAAUGACUCGAAAUGCCGACUCCGUUCAAGAGAGGGUACUGGCUGAGAUUUUAAGCCGAAACGCCGAGACUGAGUACCUUAAACGCUUCAAACUUGACGGCGCUACCGACCGUGAAACAUUCAAGAAAAGGAUUCCUAUUAUCACGUACGAUGAUGUUCAACCCGAGAUUCAAAGAAUUGCCAAUGGUGAUCGCUCUCCAAUUCUCUCAGCUCAUCCCAUCUCUGAAUUUCUAACAAGUUCUGGAACUUCAGCUGGUGAAAGGAAACUGAUGCCAACAAUUAAGGAGGAGUUGGAUCGUCGCCAACUUCUAUACAGCCUUCUCAUGCCAGUAAUGAACCUUUAUGUACCAGGAUUGGACAAAGGAAAAGGCUUAUACUUUCUAUUUGUGAAAUCAGAAACAAAGACACCGGGUGGGUUAUUAGCCCGCCCAGUUCUCACAAGCUACUAUAAAAGUGAGCAUUUCAAGACCCGACCCUACGACCCAUACAAUGUCUACACAAGUCCAAAUGAAGCAAUCCUCUGCCCCGACUCAUUCCAAAGCAUGUACACUCAAAUGCUAUGUGGACUCAUUGAACGGAACCAAGUCCUCCGCCUUGGCGCCGUCUUCGCCUCCGGCCUCCUCCGUGCAAUUCGCUUCCUUCAACUCAAUUGGGUUGAGCUAGCCCAUGACAUUCGAACCGGAACUUUGAACUCUAAAAUAACCGACCCGAGGAUAAAAGCCCAUAUGGAAAACAUCAUUAAACCCGACCCGGAAUUAUCUUCGUUUGUGAUUCAAAAAUGCAACAAAGAAAAUUGGGAAGGGAUCAUCACAAGAAUAUGGCCUAACACAAAAUACCUAGAUGUCAUUGUAACUGGUGCUAUGGCUCAAUACAUUCCGACACUUAAUUACUACAGUGGUGGGUUACCUCUUUCUUGUACUAUGUAUGCUUCCUCGGAAUGCUACUUCGGACUUAACCUUAAUCCUAUGUGCAAACCGUCUGAGGUUUCUUACACGAUCAUGCCAAACAUGGCUUACUUCGAGUUCCUACCGCACAACUCUGGGUCAACGAGGUCAACGCGACUCGUUGACCUUGCUGACGUUGAAGUUGGAAAGGAGUACGAGCUAGUGAUAACAACUUAUGCAGGAUUGAACCGUUACCGAGUCGGCGACAUUCUCCGAGUCACUGGUUUUCAUAACUCAGCUCCACAGUUUCACUUUGUGCGGCGUAAGAACGUGUUGUUAAGUAUUGACUCGGACAAAACAGACGAGUCGGAGCUGCAAAAAGCAGUGGAGAAUGCUUCCAAGUUGCUUGUGGAGUUCAACACGAGUGUGGUGGAGUACACGAGUUACGCUGACACGAAAACGAUUCCGGGUCAUUAUGUUAUAUACUGGGAGUUGUUGAGUAAAGACUCGUGUAACUCGCCGAGUCAGGAGGUUUUGAAUCGGUGUUGUUUGGAAAUGGAGGAAUCUUUGAAUUCAGUUUAUAGACAGUGUAGAGUUGCGGAUCAUUCGAUUGGGCCAUUGGAAAUUAGGGUUGUAAAGAAUGGAACUUUUGAGGAGCUUAUGGAUUAUGCAAUAUCAAGAGGUGCUUCAAUAAAUCAAUAUAAGGUUCCAAGGUGUGUGAAUUUUACUCCUAUAACGGAACUUUUGGAUUCUAGGGUGGUUUCUGUUCACUAUAGCCAAGAUUUGCCACAAUGGACCCCUGAGAGGAGAAGAUGA